UCUGUAAUUAUGGCGUUAAAAAAAUCUAUUGCUCCAGCGAAAAGACGGGGGAAUUAUUUUGAACGUCUUCCAGAGGAUAUCAAUGUUGAAAUCCUGUCCAGGCUGCCUCUUCCCAAUGUUUUUCAAGCUCAAAGCGUUUGUCAUUCAUGGCGAACCAUUAUUCGCUCUUUUCCCCAAUUUCACAAACUUUGGGAGGAGAAGAAUAGUGAGCAAUGGCUUGUUAUGGAUGACUGUGAUGGUGGGAUUGAGAUCUUUAAUCCCAAUCGAGACUUCAAAAAGAAGAUGUUUGAUUCUUCCUCAUGGAUUCUCAAAGCUGCAAAUGGGGGUCUUUUGCUUUAUUUGAACGAGACUGAUGGAAUUUUUCAAGUAAUCAAUCCAUUAACAAUGGAAGCUCGGCAGUUGCCUAAUCCAAUCUUGAGAGAAGAAAAUCCAUUCUUUUAUCUGAAGAUAAAACUAGGUAUAAUUGAUCUUAUUGUUGACUCAACAACUAAGAGUUAUCAGGUGAUUGUGAUUGGAGGUUCGAAUCAAACUUCAGAUCUCUUGAUAUUCAGAUCCACUACAUCUUCUUGGGAAAUUAAACUUGUCGAAUUCAGUUAUAAAGCUGCGAGGAUUACAGAUUGGACUCCCUACAAAACAGUGGGCAACCAAACAGUUCACUGCUUUCCAUUGCAGGGGCAUGCUCAGGCUUCUUACAAUCUAUGUGGAGAAAUUGUUCAUGCAAACCAAAAACAUGGCGGAGGAUCGAGAGGACUUGUGAUGGGAAAAAAUGUUAAAGCAGCAAUUUGGAAACCACCUAUUGGGAGGAAUUUUGUGUUUAUUUUUGAAUUGGAUGAGGCUUCUUGUCAAUGGCAAGUGGUGUGUGUCUGCAGAUGGGGCAAAGCACCCUUUAGUGAACUGCUUUGUGAAGAAGACUUUGUCUUGAGUUGCCUUGGUGCAUCCAAAGAUUGCAUUUGGAUAAUACCUGCAUUUAGUAAUAAAGAUGUAUACCAAACCAGGUUAAUGUUGCAGCAGCAAAAAAAUAUUUUCAAGAGUCACAAGCAAGAUAAGAGCAGAGCAUUCCCCAUACCCUUGAGAUUUUCUCUAUGCCCAUGAGGCAUACUUUUAAUUGACUUUAGCCUUAAUGUGGUCAUGUGGUAAGUUUUUGAGACUGGCAGUGAUAGACAUGGAAUUGUU